UUUGACAAGGUAAUUAAUUUCUAACCACAGUUUUUGUGGAAUUAUGAAUUUUAAAAAUUAAACAGUAAUAAUUUAAAUAUGAAUAACUUACCUUUUAAGAUUAAUAUAUCUAAAUUUCUCAAAAAGAGAUCAGUAAAAUAUGGUGUUCCUUUUUUACUUUUAAUGUUGGGAGGUUCAUUCGGUUUAAAAGAAUUUACAAACUUGCGCUACCAGUUUAGAAACGUAUCAGCAGUCAAUUAUGAAGAGGCCAAGAAACUUGGAAUAGAUAUGAAAAAACCUGGGGAAGUUACUCUCGAAAGCGAAUAUGAAAAAAUUAAGAAUAUGGAUAUAGACAACUGGGAACAAGUAAGAGGUCCCCGGCCAUGGGAAGAGAAAGAUGAAGUAUGAAUUUACAAAAACAAAUUUUUGUAUAUACUUACCUGUAAUAUAUUAGUUCUUCUAGUCUGGUAGGAUUGUAUAAUAAAAUAUUUUUUUUUGUU